AUGGAGACGCAAGAUAGUAUCGAUAUCGCCACGCUGCAACGCGUCGCGUUGGGAUUAGAGCACGAACCACCCCAGUCACUCUUUUCUGGGCAAUCGAGAAUCAAUCAUACUGCACAGCAACACACUCAGUCAUACAAAGCUGCGGAUCGCUCUCAUGGUCACACGUCGGCUGGCACCGGUUCUUCUGCAACAUCGAUACCAGACUCUGGACGUUCUACACCGAAACGCCCUCGCUCCUCUCCAUUUCCGCAAUAUGCACAAAGGCCGAUGAAUUCCAUUCCUAUCGCAAACGAGCCGAUCGAUGGUCAUCUGGCUCGGACAACACAAUCUGGAACGAUGGACUCUGCAGAGACUGCCCCUGGUGACACCCAGGUCGUUUCGCAAUCGGUGUUUGAUAGUAUCAUACGACAAAAUGGGGAGUCAAUGUAUCAUGGCCACUCGCAGACCGGUGCGGACGGCGCGACUCUGAUGACGCUACACGAGGGCGAUAGCGGCCAUCUCGACCUUCUUGCCGACUUUGACUCGGCUCAUCUUCCAAAAAUUGAUUCCGCGGACAACGACGAAGAAAGCAAUUAUGAUGGAAGCGAGUCCUCUCCGAUGGUGCCAUUGGAAUUUCAGCCGGAGUUCUUCCCGAAUCGCAACGUUUUUUGA